AUGGAUGGAAAUCAUAGGUUUACUCCAGAUUCCAAAGAAUUUAAUACUGUUGUAAAAAGUAAAGAGUCUUCCACUGGCAGAAAUCCGUAUCAGACUCCGCCCUUAGAGCACAACGGUACUCAUCAUCAGACAAAUUACAGCAGAAAGAAAACAAAUCUAGCAAUUAUCAUAUCGAAUUUCUUGUCCGAGAUCAGUCGGCCUCUUUCAAAUGGCAAAAUCAAUAAUUCUACCCACAACAUUUUAAAAUUUCUAAAUGAAGUGCUUAAGAGAUCGAAGUGCAGUAAAGAAAACGCUGUGUUAGCCACUUUCUACUUUCAAAAGAUUCACCAAUCCAGAGGUGUCCGGGAUGAGUCCUCAUUGCCUGAAUUCUCGCACUGUUCCCGCAGAAUUUUUCUCUGCUGUCUUAUUCUAUCGCACAAAUUUUUGAACGACAACACUUACUCGAUGAAAAAUUGGCAAAUUAUAAGUGGGCUCCAUGCAAAGGAUCUAUCUCUAAUGGAAAGAUGGUGUCUGGGUAAGCUGAAUUAUGAGCUGGCCAUUCCAUAUGACGAGUUUUUGCUAUGGGAAACGAACACUUUAAUGAAAGCGAAAUUGCGCGUCGGAACUCCCGCCAACGCUCCGGUGAAGAGACCCAGAGAAUCAGACAAUGAUUAUGAUGCAAAUUCUUGGAAACAGAUUAAAUCUUGUUAA